AUGUCACGCGCGUUGUGCCAGAUUGCCGUGCAGCUGGACUACUACAUGUCUGCGCAGUUCGCAGGCAUUGCUCUUGCUUGCCGUCGAGGUAUUUAUGAGAAAGCUGGGCUGAAAGUCAAGCUACUUCCCAGCUGCCAUCCCGGAGACGAAGCUGCUAAAGUCUGUGAAGGCUUCUCGAAAGAUGCCUCGAAGUUGCAUGUGGGCAGCAUGGAGCAGAACACACUCAUCCCAGCCGCAGGCGGCACAGCGGGCGACCACAACAUCAAAGCCGUUGCUGCAAUGUUUGGCCGUUCCCCUUUGUGCUUGGCAGCAAUGCCAGAUGUGGGGCUACGAAGCAGACUUCAUGAGAAUCCCCACGGGCAUGGAUUGCGCAUUGCGGCACACUCGGAUACCAUUGACUUGCUGAAGCGGAUUCUUCCGGGAGCCGACGUCUUGGACGUGCCCCGAACCCAGAAGCUCAGCGAGCUCAGGGCGGGAGGUGUCGAUGCGGCACAGGCUUAUGAUGUCACCGAGACCCUGCGACUGGGGCACGA